AUGCCAAGUUGUAGUCAGUUGUCAAAAAUGUCAGCCAACAAGGAGAAUAAUCUUGUUCAGGCUUAUGUAGAAUUAAAUAAAUUCUGCCAAAGCGGUGACUAUGAUAGAGCGUUAAAAGCUACGGGAAAAGUCCUUCAAAUAGCUCCAAACGAGCAGAAGGCAUUUCACUGCAAGAUCGUAUGCCUGAUUCAACUGCACAACUUUAAAGAAGCCUUAGCAGUUCUCUGCAACACCAAGAAUGCUGCGCUAGCGUCCGAUCUGCACUUUGAGAAGGCGUACGCUCAGUACCGUCUCAACUGCCCCAAGGAUGCGUUGCAAACUGUCGAUAAUGCUCCUGAGCUGACACCAGCUUUGAAAGAAUUAAGGGCUCAAAUCUUAUACCGCCUAGAACACUACCAAGACUGCUACAACUUGUACCGAGACAUUGUGAAGAAUACCACCGAUGAAUAUGAAGAUGAGAGGAAGGCCAACAUGUCUGCCGUUGUGGCUAAUCUUGGUGCACUUAACCCUUCAUCAGAUCUACCUCAAUUUGACGAGAACACGUACGAGCUAGCUUACAAUGCAGGCAGUACAUUAGCCAUGCGCGGCAAGUACAACGAAGCUCUCCCAGUGCUGAAGAGAGCGGAGUCUUCCUGCAGUGAGAGUGUGCUGGAGGACGGUGGCACUGAGGAGGAGGCGAAGGAGGAAGCUGCUAUUAUCAGGGUCCAACAAGCAUACUGCCUUCAACAAAUGGGCAAAGAGAAGGAAGCAGCAACAAUCUACCAGAACGUGCUGAAGGACAAGCCCAGCGAUCAGGCGCUCGUCGCUAUUGCUAGCAACAAUAUUGUUGUUAUUAACAGAGACACGAACGUGUUUGAAUCCCGCAAGCGCAUGAAGGCAGCCACGGCAGACGGGCUGGAACACAAGCUGAACUCCCGCCAACGUGCCGCCAUCACCUGCAACCAGGCUAUACUCGCUAUUUAUUCUAACCAGCCCGAUUUCUGCAAGCAAUGCUGCGUGAAACUAGUCCGGGAAUUCGGCAAGGAACGUCGAGCUGCCUUAGUCGAAGCUUCCAGUCUAAUGAAGGAUGGCAAGAGGAAUCAAGCCGUCAGCUUGCUGCUCAAGCAAGGCGGAGACCUGACAUUAGCAGCCGCACAAGUGUUGCUGGCUCAGGGUGACAGAAAAGGCGCAGUGAAACUUCUAGAAGAAAGCGAGUAUAAGUAUCGUCCGGGAGUGAUCGGAGUUCUGUGCACGUUGCUGUGUGCCGACAACGAGUAUGAGAAGGCCUCACAACUGUUUACCGAUGUUUAUAAGCAUUAUGAUAAUGAUGAGCGUUUCGCGUCCCUAAUAAGCGUCUGGCGAGCAGCAGCCUCAGUCCACGCCCGCGCCAACGCGCCGCACGCGGCCGCGCGCGCGCACGAGGCCGUGGCGCGCGCCGCGCCCGCCGGCCACAGGAGCCUCGCGCGCCUCGUCAAGGCGCUGGCGCAGCACGACCCGCCCAGGGCUAAGCAGCUGGCUGCUAAUCUGCCGCCCUUGCAUGAGUUAGAGACCAAGAUCGACAUAGACGCCUUAGAAUCUUCUAAAUGGAUGAUGGGAGCUAAAGUUGUCAAGAAAACUGUACAGAGCAAACAAGAACAAUCACCUGGAACACCCGGUUCAGAACUCCUCGGUAAGAAGAAACAGAAGCGCAAGCGCAAGACCAAGCUUCCCCCCAAUGCCGACCUCUCCAAGACGCCGGACCCAGAAAGAUGGUUGCCGAAGUACGAGCGUACUGCGUACCGCAAGCGUCGCGGCGUGAGGCGUGACGUCAUCAAGGGCAGCCAGGGCAUGUCCACCACUGCCACUGAUCAGUACGACAUGAGCAAACAGCAGCCUACACCCACAGCAACGGCGGCCACCGCCGCCAAGAGCCCGCGCGUCGACAAGCAAACCGACAGCGCGUGGUCGCGCAAACAACAACAGAAGAAGAAGGGCAAGGGACGCAAGUGGUAGAAAUAUACACUUUUGUACAUCUGA